UUCCAAGGUUUUUGUUAGGCUGGACCUCACCCAUGGGGGUGAGGCGCCACCUGCUUUCUUCCUUGGUUUUCAAAAUAGAGCUCACAGAGGAAAAGAGAAUGGAUGGAGUCGUUUGUUCUGUGGGUACUCUUCUUACACAUAUGGAUUUCAUUUGGUCCCUACCAUGGCUCCUCGUUGACUAUUUUGGAGUUUUGACAAGGGUGGAAUAUGAUGCUAGAUUUUUACAAGGCGCUGCGCUGGGCUUUGUUUACAGUAUUGGGUUAUUGAUGUUCUAUUUCCAGCGUCCAGUGGGUUUUCGUCAACUGCUGGAAAUAGUCCUUUUAUUUUGGGCAUUUUACUGGUGUGGGUUUGUUUAAGUGUUGCAGCAGACUAUUAGAUGUUCUCCUAAGGUAUUGGAUCACUUUUUUUUCUCUCUCAUGCUAACCCAUGUGUUUGGACCCGAAGAAUGGGCUUGAGUUCUAGUGCUCCUAAGUGGCCUAAAACUUUCAUUCCUCGAACCCUCAAUGGGCCCUGUGAGCGCUUGUUCCCGUCCAUACCACAAAUUUCUCAACAAGCCCUAGGUAAUUAUGUGGUUUGAGCCCACUUAAGCCUGCAACAUGACUUGGUAUUAGAAUAGCGGUCCUUUACAUAACAUUACGUGUUUAUUUAGCAUGCUUGUGCUUGAAUUUCAUCGCGUUACUAUAAGUUGUGAUUGGGCCAUGUAACAUUGGAUAGAUUGGUAGGCGUGAAUUUAUAUUGCCGGUGUGUUUUGGUCCUUUUGCGUGGCGGACGCGCGUGUUUGGCUUGGUGUAACGCAUGCCCCAUGGCUCACACAGAUUGAUCAGAUCAUUCCCAUUGAUCUUUGGAUUUUUGAGGGCUUGACUUGCAAUUUUGAAGUUGCUAGCACAAACAAACCUACUGUAAGGGAAGUAAGAGCUGUAGUUGAAUCUUGUAUAUAUGCAUACAUAGAGCUAGUAGGUUAAGCCAGCUAGCUUUAUUUGGGAAUUGGGUGUUUCUUCUGUGUGUAUGUAACUGCUGAUAUGUUUGAAUAGAUAGAAGACUCAGCUGUGCAGUGUGCACCACUCAAGUCUCAAGCUACCCAUUUCAUUUGUAACCGAUGAAUCUCAGACUCCCAUCAGAUAUUGACCGCUGCUGCAUCUCAGUUUGUUGAAUCAAAAUAUUUGACCCUAUCAAAGAAAAGAAAAGACCGCCCAAGUUCACACACAAAUACACUUUAUAGACAUAUAUCUAUAUAUAAAGUGGUGAACGAAAGAAGAGAAAGGAAUUAGGCUGGCAAAUAAGUGGUGGGAGAAAAUAGAUGUGGCGAUGGCGGGCUACAAUGAGUCAUUGUCUACAACCUCAGCCCCAACUGCUUCUCGCUACGUCCACCAGCUCUUCCACCCCGACCUCCACCUCCAAGUUCAUCAACAACAACAACUACACCACCAUCAUCAACAACAGUCCUCCGAUUCCCACCACCAAGACGACCAAGAUCACAACAAUAACAAGAUAAUCGAAUCCUCCGACACCGCCGCCACCAGUUCCGGCGGAGGAGGCGACGGUGGUGGUGGAAGUGGAAGUGGGGGUCCCACACGCCGCCCCAGAGGCCGCCCUGCAGGCUCCAAGAACAAACCCAAGCCCCCAAUCAUCGUCACGCGCGACACCCCCAACGCCCUCCGCUCGCACGUGCUGGAAAUCUCGGCUGGCGCCGACGUCAUGGAAAGCGUCUCCAUCUACGCCAGGCGGAGGGGGAGAGGCGUGUGCGUGCUGAGCGGCAGCGGCACCGUCGCCAAUGUCACUCUUCGUCAGCCUGCGGGGAGCGUAGUCACUCUUCACGGACGCUUCGAGAUACUUUCGCUCUCUGGGACGGUGCUUCCUCCUCCGGCUCCUCCAGGUGCGGGCGGACUGUCCAUAUUCUUGGCGGGCGUGCAGGGACAAGUCGUUGGGGGUUGCGUGGUGGGCCCGCUGUUGGCUUCUGGUCCAGUGGUUUUGAUGGCUGCUUCGUUUGGAAAUGCUGUGUUUGAGAGAUUGCCAUUGGAUGAUCCGGAAGAGGGUACUCCUACUGGUGGUAAUGGUGGCGGUGGAGGCUUGCAAGUGCAACAACCUACGGCGUCGCAAUCUUCCGGGGUGACUGGCGGCCUUGGUGAAGGUACUGGGGGAAAUAGCGGCGGCGGUGCUGGCCUUUUCAAUCUGGGAGGGAAUAUGGCUGCUAACUAUCCGUUUUCGGGUCCUGAUUUGUUCGGGUGGGGUGGGGGAAGUACUCCACGGCCUCCGUUUUAGUAGUUACUUGUGAUUCUGAUUUUGAGUAUGGUUUCCAUGACAUGGGGGUGUUGAUGCUACUGCUAGCUAGCUCGUGUGAAUCAAGCAACUACUUUUCUCAGAUUUCUGAAGAGUUGUUGAAAUUAAGGAAGGUAGCUUGCUAAUUUGGUUGUCUGAAUGUGAUAAAAUUGAGGAUUAGCAGUCAUCACAUGAACAUUAAUUGAAGAGAUUUCUUCAGUCAGUGGCUUCAAUGGGAGCAAAGUAUAUAUAUUUACAACGGAAGAAGAAUGAUGAAGGCUUGGUGUGUUGAGUAGGGAAAAAAAUAAGCAACAAUUAAGGAUAUAGUAGAGACUUUGCAAGGUCAGUAAGUUAUAAUAUUUAUAAAUCGAUGGUGUUCUUUCCCAUCUUCUUUCUUCAAUAUCCUUUGAAUAUGUCUCUCUCUUAUAAUUAUAGCAGCUAUGCUAGUUGUAGUGUGAUGAUGCACAUUUCUAGGGUUUUAUAUAUUAAUGUCUCUCAUGUUUCUCUAGAUCUGUCCAUCUUCUCCGGCACCAGUAAUAAUACUUCAUAU